CCUGUCUGUUUGCCCUGCUGUUCGGGGGGGUCUGGUCCAUCACUGGAGGGGAGUGUCUACCUGGGGGGAACCUGUUCGGCAUCGUCAUCCUCUUCAUCUCCUCUGUGCUGGGGGGCAAGCUGGUGGGAAUGAUCCAACUGCCAACACUGCCCCCCUUCCCUCCACUGCUGGGUAUGCUCCUGGCCGGGCUGCUGUUGCGUAACGUUCCAUACAUAACCACGGCGGUCUACAUCGACACUCGUUGGUCGGCGGCUCUGAGGAACAUCGCACUGUCCAUCAUCCUGACCAGAGCCGGACUUGGACUCAACCCCUCGGCCCUGCAGCGUCUGAAGGCGGUCUGUGUUCGUGUGGCGGUGGGUCCCUGCACCGUGGAGGCGUCCAUUAUCGCCGUGGUUUCUCACUUCCUGUUGGGUCUUCCAUGGGUGUGGGGCUUCAUUCUGGGCUUCGUUCUGGCGGCGGUAUCUCCAGCUGUUGUUGUUCCGUCAAUGCUGCUG